GUGGAAAAGAAUUGACACAAACGCGUCAAAUUCACACUAAAAAAAAUUCUGUCACUCUCUCUCAUUCAAAUCCUCUCUCUUAUCGGCGCUUAGAGAGAGGACCCCCGCCGGCGACCAGCUCCGGCGAAUCACCACCGUUGACAUGAUCAACGAGUCCCCAGAACUUUGAUGCGACGAUCGAAUGCCCGCACUCGGGUCGGUUCGAAUCGUAACCAAAUGGAUCCGAUGACGAAGCUCCAAAUCCGCUCCACCAACCUCUUCGCACGCAACCCUAAGACCAACAACACCAAGUCGCUCUGCACCCUCCUCAUUCCCCUCUUCUUCUCCCUCCUCAUUCUCCUCCUCUCCUACUUCACCUUCUUCUCCAAUUCCUCGCCGAUCAAAUUCCGUUACCGAAUCAUCGUGGACGGAGGAAGCACGGGCACGAGAGUGCACGUGUUCAAGUACAGGGUAGAGAGCGCGUUGUUGGAUUUAGGGAAGGAUGGGUUGGAUUCUAUGCGGGUUAACCCGGGUUUGUCGGCGUUUGCGGAGGAUCCGGAUUCGGCGGGGGGAUCGCUCCGGGAGUUGCUGGAGUUCGGGAAGAGUCGGGUUCCGAGGGAGAGUUGGAGGGAAACGGAGAUUCGGUUGAUGGCAACGGCUGGGUUGAGGAUACUGGAUGCGGAGGUGCAGGCGAAGAUUCUAGAAUCUUGUAGGAAGGUUUUGCGUUCCUCUGGCUUCUUGUUUAGGGAUCAUUGGGCUUCUGUUAUCACUGGUUCUGAUGAAGGAGUGUAUGCUUGGGUUGUUGCUAAUUAUGCGCUUGGUUCUCUCGGAGGUGAUCCUUGGGAUACCACUGGGAUUAUUGAACUUGGUGGUGCUUCUGCUCAGGUGACCUUUGUAGCAAGAGAAGCAGUGCUGCCAUUGUUCUCGCGUACUGUUAAAUUUGGGAAUACCACUUACAACCUUUACAGCCACAGCCUUCUUCAUUUUGGACUGAAUGCUGCUCAUGACUCAUGGAAAGAAGCACUUAUAUCGGGAGAAUUCAACUUGGCUUCUCAAUCUCUUCCAGAAGGGUUGCGGAUAGAUCCUUGUACUCCUACAGGAUAUUCUUAUAAUGAUGAGUCAUGGAAAUUCCCUCCUAGCUCACACAGUGAAAAAAAACAAUAUCAAUAUGCUGUCCAAACAAGGGGAAACUUUUCAGAGUGCAGAUCUGCAGCACUUAACCUACUACAAAAAGGGAAAGAAUCAUGUUCCUAUCAGCAUUGUGACAUAGGAUCAACUUUCAUACCAAAGCUUCAGGGGAAAUUUUUGGCCACUGAAAAUUUCUUUUACACAUCAAAGUUUUUUGGAUUGGGGUCAAAGGCCUAUCUGUCCAAGUUGAUGACUGCUGGCCAAGAAUUCUGUGGAGAGGAUUGGUUAAAGUUGAAGAAAAAAUAUGUCUCCCAUGAUGAGGAAGAUUUACUUCGACAUUGCUUCUCUUCAUCAUACAUUGUUGCUCUGCUUCAUGACAGUCUUGGAAUUGCUUUGGAUGAUGAGAGGUGUGGUUGUUUAACAGUGGAGAGGGGUGGUGCUCUUCUUGUUAAAUGGAGGUCUUCAUGCUAUUUUGGUGGCUGAAAUGGCAGAUUGAUGUUUUGCUUGUGUGUAGGGUAGUGGAUGGAAGCUCCAUGGUUGGGUGGCUGUUGUAAUAGUUCAGUGGCUUGGCUCAGGGCAGCAGUGGAAGAGGUUGUAGGCUCAGUAAAGAAGAGGAAAUUUAAAAAAAUGGAAAAGAAGAGAUGAGGAAACAGACCUAUUUUAUUUACAAAAAGAAAAGGGUAGUUUAGUCAUUUCAUAUAACCUACCUUCAUUACAACACACAAUACAUCUUCCUUAACUAAUGUAUACUGUAAUGUAAGAAUCAAUAAAUUAAUGGAAUGCAGAAUUAUAUCUAAACUGAAAUAGGAAUUAUUGCUUUCCGAAGAGGAAUUAGAUCUCCUGUGAUGGCAAUUUUGGGACUUGUGUGCCUCUCUUUUCUUGGGUUCACUUGGUAACUUACUAUAUUUUCGUUCAAGUACAAUUCUUGCCCUUAUUCAUGUCCAUGUCUAGUUGGGACUGAACAUAUGAUUUUUUGUUUCUUUGUGUCAUUACAUUUGUGUUCCUGUUGUGUGAAUCUUACUGACUGGAAUUCCUGUUGGCCAGGGUCAAGGUUGCUAAUCAUGUGGGCAGUAUUCCGCUUGAUUGGGCCUUGGGAGCUUUUAUUCUUCAAACCACAACUGAUGCAGAUGUACAGAACCAUAACUGGAUUGCUGCCUUUUUCAAUGAUGACUCGCCUACUCUCCUCUCAUUAAUUGGAAUUUUUAUACUAUUGUUGUUUACAGCAUGGUCUAUAUCUAGGUGGAGGAAACCUCAGUUGAAGACCAUUUAUGAUCUAGAAAAAGGACGAUAUAUAAUCACACGAGUUGGUAGAUAAUGCUUGAUAGUGGAGUUGAUCAUGGUUCUUGGUUUACAUUUGUGGAGGCACUGUUGUGAUUAUGAUGAAAAUAUUUAUCCUUUCUAACUUGAUGGCCAUGUGAUUCUAUCAAAGGCCAUGCUAGCGGGGACACAGGUUGUGAAUCAUUUGAUUUGGAUGCAGCAUGUGGAGUUACUCUUGCUAAGGAACUAGUAUAGAGUAGUAGUGAGUGUUAUGUCACUCGCUUUACUGGUUACUGUUAACAGCAGCAGUAGGGCAAGAAGUGGAGCAGGUCAGCCUAGGAAUUGCCAGGGGAAACUGGAUGCCGCAUGCUUGUGUGGAAAAAUACCUUUUUAUGUGAUCUUUAUACCAAACUCGGCAUAAAAAGAUUAAUGAAUUGAUGUUUGCUAAUAGUUAUU